AUGUGCCCCUCCUCUCUGACCCUGGAUGACUUCACUCAGCCAUCACCAUCCCCCUCUCCACCAGGAGAGGCAAGGGAGGAGAGCCUACCCUGGCACCAACGAUGCCGCCCUACAGAUGCCACCAAAGGUUUGCUUGUGGCACUGCUGGGUGGAGGCCUUCCAGCAGGCUUUGUGGGGCCCUUCUCUCGAAUGGCCUACCAAGCCUCCCAUCUGCCCUCCCUUGAGCUUCUCCUUUGCCGAUGCCUCUUCCAUCUUCCCAUCGCCCUGCUCCUCAAACUACGAGGCUGUCCACUGCUGGGGCCUGCAGGUAACAGACAUCGAGCCUGGCUCCAUGCCCUCCUCAACGUCCUCAGCAUUGGUUGUGCCUACAGCGCUGUCCUGGUUGUACCUCCUGGCAAUGCAGCCACUGUUCGAAAAGGCUCCUCCACCGUCUGUUCUACACUUCUUGCCCUAUGUUUGGAAAGCCAGCAACUCAGUAGCUAUGACUGGUGUGGCCUGGUUGGCAGCACCCUGGGCUUGCUUAUUAUUGUGGGCCCAGGGUUGGGCACCCUACAAGAAGGAUCAACAAGAGUCUACACAGCCCUUGGGUAUGUGUUGGCUGUCUUGGGUGGCCUGGCCCUUGCCCUGGGACUAUUGAUUUACCGAUCCCUGGAUUUCCCUUCCCGACUACUGACUGUGGUAUUUCUCUUUGGUGUAGUAGGGGUGAUGGGGGCCUUGCCAGGGCUCUUCCUAUUACAGACACCUGUGGUACCCCAUGACCCACUGAGUUGGAGCUGUAUCUGGGCUAUUGGGGUCCUAGCCCUGGUUUCCUUUAUAUGUGCCAGCUACGCUGUCACCAAGGCCCACCCAGCACUGGUGUGUGCUGUGCUACAUUCUGAGGUGGUGGUGGCACUGAUGAUGCAGUAUUAUGUACUCUGUGAGACUGUGACACCAUCUGACAUCAUGGGGGCAGGAGUUGUAUUGGGUAGCAUUGCCAUCAUCACUGCCCAGAAUCUCAGUUGUGACCGGGAAAGGGAGGGUUUUAAGGAAUGA